AAGGAGGAGGCGGCGGCGGCGGCGGCAGCAGCAUCAAAGAAACGCGAUUCCCGCUGCCUGGGGGGGAGUCAUGCUUUGCAGUCUGUAAUGUCAGCAGAACAGGAGAAGGAUCCCAUUGCGCUGAAGAGAGUUCGAGGUGGUGACAGUGGACUGGAUGGGUUAGGAGGACCAGGUGUACAACUUGGAAGCCCAGAUAAGAAAAAGCGGAAAACAAAUACCCAGGGGCCUUCUUUUCCUCCACUGUCUGAAUAUGCCCCACCACCAAAUCCGAAUGCUGACCAUCUAGUAGCAGCUAAUCCGUUUGAUGACAAUUAUAAUACCAUUUCCUAUAAGCCUCUACCUUCAUCAAAUCCAUAUCUUAGCCCUGGUUAUCCUGGAUUUGGAGGCUACGGCUCAUUCAGAAUGCCACCUCAUGUACCUCCAAGAAUGUCAUCCCCAUACUGUGGUCCUUACUCACUUAGGAACCAGCCACACCCAUUUCCUCAAAAUCCUUUAGGCAUUGGUUUUAAUCGACCUCAUGCUUUUAACUUUGGGCCACAUGAUAAUUCAGGUUUUGGAAAUCCAGCAUAUAAUAGUCCAAUAAGUCAGAAUGUUAAUAUGUCUAAUCAACAUUUUAGACAAAAUCCUGCUGAAAACUUCAAUCAGAUUCCUCCACAGAAUGCCAGCCAAGUAUCCAAUCCAGACUUGGCUUCUAAUUUUGUCCCUGGAAAUAAUCCAAAUUUUACCUCCCAAUUAGAAUCAAAUCAUUCAUUUAUCCCUCCACCAAACACUUUUGGUCAAACAAAAGCACCCCCACAAAAACAAGACUUUAGUCAAGGAGCAACUAAAAGCACUAAUCAGAAUUCUUCUGCCCAUCCCCCUCAUCUCAAUAUGGAUGAAACUGUAAACCAGGGCAAUAUUGACUUGAAAAAUGUUAGUCGAAACAAUACAGUAAAUCAAGAAAGCAACCGCUCCAACAGCACUGAUAAUGCAAACAACAGUCAUGCAAAUGGAACUCAGAAUAAGCCCCGUCAACCUAGAGUUACAGCUGAUGGGUGUAACUCUGAAAAGAGCAACAAAACCACUCUCCACCCUAGUCGACAUGGCCAUUCAUCAUCAGACCCAGUAUAUCCUUGUGGCAUUUGUACAAAUGAAGUGAAUGAUGAUCAGGAUGCCAUCUUAUGUGAGGCUUCAUGCCAGAAGUGGUUCCACCGGAUCUGUACAGGGAUGACUGAAACUGCUUAUGGCCUCCUGACUGCAGAAGCUUCAGCAGUAUGGGGCUGUGAUACUUGCAUGGCUGACAAAGACGUACAGUUAAUGCGCACGAGAGAAACUUUUGGACCACCUGCAGUGGGCUCUGAUGGAUAAUCAGUUUUUUAGAGUAGUUUUUUUUCCCAUCGCUAUUACAUAGGAUCUUAACAUUUCACAUUACAGAAAAAAAAAUAAAGCCAAUUAUUUAUCCUUUAGUUUUUAAAAUAUUUAGCUUCAUUACUAUUGUAAAUUUUAUACAGAAAUAAAGGCCUCUUUAAUCUUCAAAACAAUCUGCUAAAAUUUAGAUUGGUUACGUAUAGGUUGUAACUAUUAAAAAAACAACAACAACCCAGAAUUAGUGAAUCCAAAUGUAUUUUUUAAUGGAAUAAAUUAUACCAAAGUGCUGAACUUUGAAUACACCAUAUAAAACAGAAUUUAGUAUCCCCUUUUGUUAGGGUCCAUUUAGCUUGUUUUAAGAAUAUUUUGUGUUUAAAUAAACAAUACCAGAUUUUUUCAGCUAUCUCAAUUUUAUUUACUUUCACAUUUGAAAAUAUUCCUUAUCAGUGCAUUAUCUAUGUAUGUUGCAGUUAGGAAGAUGUUGUACACAUAUAGUAGGAACUUAAUUCUGGUCUGUUUUUUCUGUUUGACUUUAGUUAAAGUUAAGUACUGAAAAUCCUCAAAAGCUGUGGUAAAUAACAUACAUAUUUUUAGGAAGUUUAAAAAUAGAUGAACCCCCAAUCUAGGUAGAUAGCAUUUUGUGAAAAUUAGCACUUAAUAAUGCCAGUUAAACCAUAGUCAGUCCUUUUUUCUUUUCCUGCCACUUGGUUGGUAGUCAGUAGUGUGUAAAAUUCCUAAUUUGUCUACAUUGUAUUUUUGUUGGAAAUAUGUAAUUGCUGUAAACUUUUAAGUAAUCAACUUAGCCAAUUACUUUUUUUUUUUUUUUUGGCUUUUGUGUGAAGAUUUUAAAAAAUGAUUCAUUGCAUGUGGUAUUUCUACUCUUAGAAUGAGAUCGUGAUUUCUUCUGUUUGUGUAUAUUAUACAAAGCUAGAUAGAUCCUGUGAAUAGAGCAUUUCAAUGUUUGUUCUCCGGAGUCCACUUAACAUUCUACACGAUAAUAUUUGAGGUGUAUUCUGUGCUUAAAUUGAUUCUGCAUUUCCUUUAGCUUUCUACUUAGAAUUACACUGCUCUUUAUGAUGUGCAGCUAGCUAUUUCUAUGAAAACAAAAUAAAUUUACCUCUCCCCAAUAAAUUUAAAGAUAUUUGGUUUGUAGCAUUCUUUUCUCAUGCUCCAUUUUCAUAUAGAAGUUAUGUACUUAUAAUCAAGAGGGUUUUCAUUCAAAUAUUUAGGCUUGCAACAACAUUAGUAAAUAUUAUCUUGUAAAUAUUGAAAUGGAAACCACAUGUACUUGAUUCUGACAAUGUAUUUACCAUAUCUGAAUUGUAUAUUAAUAGUCGAAUUUUUUGUAUGUUUAGAGCAGUAGUACUUUUAGUAUGUUCCUAUACUUAACUGUUCUUUGAAAGAUAAGCUAUUGCCAAAUACCAAUAGAUUGGCUCAGUUUGACCAAAAAGGGAUUGAAUAUAUAUAUAUCUUAUCUGGACAGUGGUAGACUGUCCUGGAAGUAUUAGAAUUUGUAAUGAAAAGAUUUGCACAAAGGCAUGCCAUAUAAAUUCUCCAGCAUCAGAGAUAUUUGUCUGAUGCAGUACUCUUUGCAUUCUUGGAAGGUUUCUUUUGUAACAAGAAAAAAUUUUUGAGCAAAAAAAUCUUAAAAUGUUUUCUAUCCAGGCUUGGAAGCCCUGUCCUUGUUCCAUUUGGCUAAAAAUGUCAAGAGACCUUUUAAAAAGGCUGUGUUAAUAGUGGAAAUUUUCACAAUGGCAAUUCCUCUACCAAAACUUAUCACGAGGUUUUGUCUUGAUAUAACAUUGGAGUUUCUACCAUGUUGGUUAUAAAGAUGUUGCAGAUUCACUAGAAUAGAAUUAGCUUAGUUUGUACAGAAAAAUAAAUUGUGCUUAUCAGUUAAGAGUGCUUAGAAUUAGAUCUGUUCUGAUUUUUACUUUAAAUUGUGUGGUAUUUUAAAAAGCAUUUCUAAAGAGUUAUUGUCAAAAUUAGAAUAAUUGUGUAAAUAAAACUGGACAUUUUCUUGGCUAGUGAUUGUUCUGCAUAGAUGACAAAAUAGGAUACAAAGAAAUCUAGUGUUUUUUUUAAAAGCUUCCAACACUGCCCAAUAGAACGACCUCCUUCACAGUGUGCUUUAACCUUGACUAUUGAUUUUAAUCCCAGGUAAAAAAAGUAUCAAGAAUCUUCAUCUAAUAAUCUUUUGAACUUGUUUGUUUUGCACCCGUUAAAACAGCUGAUGUGUAUUAUGUCCUUUACUUUGUUAACUAUUUUAUAAUUAAUGUUGAAAUAAUAUAUAAACAAUGAUUAUUUUUGGAGGCAGCUGAAGAGGCUUUAGAUUUCUUUUGCUAAUGUAAAAAGGCAUGAAAAAAACCUAUACAAUUUUAGAUUUUUUUUAAAUUUAAAGGAUACAGGCAAGUCCCUUUACAAAUGUGGUAUAUUUUUUAAAAAUUAGUAAAUUUGGAACUCAAAACACAUUUUGCCAUAGAAAUAAUAUCUAUAAGAAGUGGUUAGGUUUCUAGGCUAGCCCAUAAAAGCCUAAUUAAUUCAUAUUGUAGCUGAAUUACAGUGUAACCUGACCUGUGGGUCUUUGAGGAAGGGCUCAAUGGCCCAUAGAAGAGGGAGGAUAUGGAAAAAGGAAAACAGGGUCCUUCCUACCCCUUUCCUGGUACAGGGUCAGCCUCAGGCAGUGUUUUUAAGUAAAUAAAAUUUUGUCUUCUGUUGCCUUAAUAUUUUUGUUUCUGCAUUUCCCUCUUACAUAUUGCCUCUUUUCUGCAGAUCCCUAGAUUUCCUCAUGCUGUCCCAGCUACUCCCUGAUAGGAUCAUAUCUCAGCCCUACCUUCCUCAAAGCUCUCUAUUACCAAUCUCCCAUCUAAUCUAAACAUCCAUUCCUUUAGUAUAGCUGUUUCAUCUAGCUUUUGGGAGAAAAACAAGCUGGUUGUUGAUUCUAUGGCUUUUUUAGGAUGCUGACAUCUUGGCCAUAUACAGACAUGCCUGUUAAGCUCUUCAACCAGCCUUAGCACUGACCUUUCCCUCCCUUUUACCUCUUCCUUUACUCCCAACACUUUAGGUGUAGAAAGUGUUAAUCAAUAGCUAUGGCUCAUUUAAUCUAUUCUACAUGCCAAUGGCUAAAAGCUAUCAAAUCCCCCUAAAAGUAUAGAAUGCUUUUUAACCCAAAUGAAUUUCUAAUUGGUGAGUCUCAAGGAAUAUUACAAAAUGAAAUGAAAAAAUAUGCAGCAUGAGGAAUGUUGGUGAGGUAUUUUGGAAUAGAUAGCCUGGGAUCAGUUUUCCUAACUAUUCUUCCUUUUAAAAAUUUCUUUUUCUAUUCUUCUAAACCCAUAGUUGCUGUUUUAAUUUCCAAGUUUUUUCACAGCUUUGAAAAACCCCACCCAAUACCAUCUGGUCAUCUGGAUGACAUACUUUUGCCUGUUUAAUUAUCCAGUGAUAGGUAAAUGGUACCUUCUAUUGGAUGUGGGGUGGACUUUAGGGACAGGGGAUCCUGUCUCAAAAGAUAGAGGGAAAGAUAUUGAAUAAGCUAUUUUGAUGUAAAGGUCACUCAUAAGAGAGGCUUCAAAAGUUGAGGACUCUAAUUUUGAAGUUUCUACAAAAAUAGUAUGUCUUUUUUAUUUUUCUCAUUCUUGUUAGUAACGCUAUCUCUAGUUAUAUUUAAAGGACUUCAUCUUCACUUACCAGUACUUUUCAUGUUAUAUAGAUGACGUUGCCUGCUAGUCAAAAUGUUAUCUUUUAUAAAAGAAAGUCCUGCUUCUUAUCAUGAUGUAUGUGACUUAAAUGACUGUUUCAUAUUAAAACUAUUCCUUCCUUAUGUACUGUUUACAUAUGCCUCUUUUUGGGAUAUUAGUUCAGUACUUUUAUACAAAUCUGAGUGUGUUCCACAUUGGUGACAUGUAUUUUUGAAACUAAUUUUUUUUUUUGAGUUUUGUUCUGAUUAUAAAUUAGAGCAUGUCUGAAUUAACACAUGCAUUAGUGCUGUGGUCUGUGGCAAAAUUACUGUAAUUCAAAUUGGAAAAAAAAAGUUUCCAGACUUUGUCCAACAUUUAUUCUUAUGACAAAAUUACUAUGUAAUACUAAUUGUUUCAUAUGAUGGUGUGUUUUAAGCUACUCUAUGAAGUAUGUGAAACAUCACUGUUUAAGGAUUGGUGGCUGGCCUGGUGUCCUUGAACUGGGAGAGAAGGAUAAUUUUAAUGUUAGCAAUUCAUGAUAUUCAUAGUAGAAUAAAUACUUCUUGGAAAUGUGGUCAUCUCUUACAGGCAUAAUUUAAGAAGAAAUGAUUAGCUGGAAAAUCCCAAUGUAUAGGAGGAUUAUUUAAUGUGGUUAGUAAUGUUGAUAUGCUAUUUAAUUAUAAAGUUCAAAUUGACACCUCAGGCUUUUAAACUUAUACUGUGUGAUCAUCAAUGGUUAAAAUUUAUUUUUGACAUAGUCGUAGUCAUCUAAUUAUUUCACAAGACUUUUUGUAGGCUAGAAUAAAUUGUAUAUAUUUUUAAAUGAAAAUAUUAAAUAGUAUUCCUUCAAAACACCAAAUUGUAUACUUAUAGUAAUGCCUUUCUGAUAACAGAUUUCCACCAUUAUUUCCUUUUCCUUCCCCUUUCCCACUCCAGAUAAUAAUGACCAAUGUUUUUCUUUUUUUUUUUUAAUCAUUAGGAUAAUGUAAAACAUCAUUAACCUGAACAAAACUAGUUCUGAAUUUGUGAUUAAGAUAAGUACUGAAUUGGACUUUUGUAUUCCAUAUAAAGAAAGAUAUUUAGGAGAAAAACUCACAUGUACAAGAUUAUCAGAUAAUUUAAGAAAAUUGUAAGCACCUUAAAAGCAAAUAUUUGUUUACAUAUAAAUAAAAUGCUAAUCACAAAGCAUUAUCAUUUGAUUGCAGUCCCUCUACUAGCCAUUUGAUUUAAUUCAAAUAAGUACAUGUAUCUUUUGAACAGAAUAGAAAUUUUACUACUUUUUAAAAAAAUUCCAAUUUUGAUACUUUUUAUUUAUUCAAGUUCUGACUUAAUGAAGUAUUACUGUAUUAAUAAUAUGUGUUCAUUUUUAUACAAUUUAGAUGCUGGUUUGAAUCAGAUACUACAUAGCUGACUUGUUCUUUUUAGUCAUCUGAUCAUGUAUUUAUGAUCAAAUUGAUUGAAGAGAUAAUGGUUUUAGUUCUCGAUAUAUUAAAAAAAAGAUCAGUCUAUUAGCAGUUUUUGGACUGAUUAUGUUGAUUAUGACUUUAAACUUGAAUGUGCAGUGUUCUUUAUGAAUCUGCUUUUGUAUAAGAAUUAUAUUUAGGAAAAAAUUCAGCACUUUGCUUUUGCCUGGUAUUUCAGCAUAUUGUUUUUUUGAAACUGAUUUCUCAUUUUUGAUUCAGUUGUGUAAGUUUAAAGAAGUGUUUAUUAUUAAAUGAUUCAUGAAUUGCUAACUCAAGUAACUUUGAGGAAAAAUUAAAUGAGAAAAGACAAUGAUAUGACUUGCUCAUAUCAUUUGCUCAGAAUGGUUUAGGCUUUUUUAUUUGGAUAGUAUAUGGAUUACUAUCUUCAGGGAAAUAAAAUUGGCUCAAUGAUUAAAUAGUAAGUGUUCAUAUUCAAUUAUUUAAAUGCUUCUAUUAAACUAAAUAUUCUCAAUUUCUUUAUAAUGACAAGCCAAUUCUAUUUUCUUUAUGAGAAAAUUUAAGUUUAAAAUGAUUCCUACAAAGUAUAGUUAAUUUGUAAAUCAUCUUAUUCCUUUCUCUUCUCCCCCUACACACCAUUCUUAAAUGUAAGAACUUCUGAAGGAAUAUAAUUUAUUGUCUUCCACCAUUUUUUUUUUAAUUCACAUUACUGUGGCCUUUCAGGUUAGUGGCAAAUAGAAAAGUAGUAAGAAAAGUUACAGUUACUGCCAUCCAGACAGUUCAUAAUAUGAGUUAUUGUUGGCCUUUCAUUUCAAAGAUUAUGCCAAAUGUCAUGUGUGCAUAGUAAAAGGAGUGUUUGUUUAUCAGAAUACAUCUACUAUUAGUAGAAACUAUGUAUGGCAGGCUUUCUUGAAUAAUAUGUAUUGUAAGUUUUCCUAUAUUGUUAUUUUGCAGUAAAUUCUUUCAAAUAAAGCUAAUUUUUAAAGAGAAAA